AUGUCGGAAAAGGGAGGAAGAAAGAAAAGUUCAAGGUGGGAAAACUGGAAAGCGAGCAGCCCGAUAAAAGUCGUCAUCAUCGGUGCAGGUCAGAGAGGAAGCGCUUAUGCGACUUACGGAAUGGAUUUUCCCGAAAAGAUGAAAGUUGUUGGAGUUGCUGAACCGCGGCGAACGAUGAGAUCUGAUUUUCAAAAGGCUUUCAGUCUUCCUGAUGACAAGUUUGUCUCACGAAAUUACGUGCAUAAACCGGAAAUGAGAGAGAACAUCAGACGCAUCGGAUUCUUCGGAAAUCGUGCGCAAGAUGUUCGUCGGUCGUCGUGA